AUGCAACGGCACCUGUAUGAGUUCCUGGGCAAGUUGGAUUGGCCCCUGGCCGAUCGACCUGUGUCCCCGAUGGCGAUGUUCGUUGAGGACAUGGCCAACCCUGGGGCGUCGAUGCUGCGGGACCAUCCGAAGAGCUCCACUUUGCCGAGUGAGCUGAUCUCAUGCAUCGCACAGAAGGUGCACCUGCCGGAGGAGGAGGUGAGAGCGCGCUAUGACCAGCGCGAGAACGUCGUGCUGUGGGUGACGAGGGCAAACUACGAGCCUCUGGAGCGCAGGCGACGCUGGGAUGCGCUGCCCAGCGAGGAGCAACAGCAUUAUGAAGACAUGCACCUGGGGCUCAAGAGGCAGGCCCUCAAUGCGAUUGCUGAGGCUGAGGCACAUCAAAUGGGCUGGAAGGAACAUUCGGUGCUUGCAACAGUUGAUGCAGUGGGAGACGAGACUGACCGAUUUGACAUCCUCUCCAAGCUACCACAAGGAGUGAUGUUGUCUGUUUUAUCUCAGCUAGAAAUGUGA